ACCAUAUCAUAUGACACUGUACCCGCUGACAGUACUUCCGCCCUCUCCCGCCAACGUCAGCCCAUCGUCUCCAGAAUGCCUCCAGCCGCCUCAUUCUCCCCCGGCGACGCCGUCGAGAUCGCAUCAAACGACGACGGGUUCCGCGGCUCGUGGUUCACCGGCAUCGUCAUCCGCCUCCUCUCUGCUCCAUCCUCCUCAGGCCGCCGCAAGACCGCUGGCAAAGCCACCCUUAGGUACCUAAUUCAGUUCGACACGCUCUUCGAGGACGAGGCCGGGACCAAACGGCUGAUGGAGGAGGUCGAUGAGUAUCAGAUGAGGCCCCUGCCUCCUCGCGAGCCGAGGAGAGCGUUCAAGCUCGGGGAGGAGGUGGAUGCGUACUACAACGACGGCUGGUGGGAGGGCUCGAUCACGGCGGAGCUGGGCAGCGGGAAGUUCGAAGUCUACUUUAGGGCUUCAAAGGAGUCUAUACAGUUCAAGAGCGAGAGCUUGAGGCUCCACCGUGAGUGGACCAAUAACGCUUGGUUCCCUCCUUUCGAUGAGGAAAAGAGAGGGUCAGCAGCAGUGGAGGCUAAGGUUGCUGGAACAACGAACCAGAGAUUCAAGAAAGGGGCAUUGGUUGAGGUGAGUAGCGAUGAAGAUGGGUUUCGUGGUGCCUGGUUCUCUGCAAAGAUUGAUAAGGAGAUUUCAAAGGGAAAGUACCUAGUACAGUACCAAAACUUCAGAAACGAUGAUGAUACAAACUUCCUAUUGGAAGAAAUUGAUGCUCUGCACAUAAGGCCUCGUCCUCCCCAAACUAAAGCAAGUGGUGAUUUCAAGUUGCUCGAUGAAGUAGAUGCUUUGUACAAUGACGGAUGGUGGGUAGGCGUGGUCUCUAAAGUUCUCAAAAAUUCGAGAUUUUUUGUCUACUUCAGAGAUACCAAUGAGGAAUUGGAGUUUAGCGGAUCCGAGUUAAGACCACACCAGGAGUGGAUCGGCGGCAAAUGGAUUAUCGCCUCACAGUCUUUGAAGUUGUAAGUGCCUGUCAAAUGAGGUGGUCCUUCCAGCACUUUGCCUUGCCUGCAUUUUCUGCUAAGCGAAUAUCGGCCCGACUUUACUAUAGCCAGCAGAAGCAAUGUCGAAGUGGGGACAGGAGUUUAUGAUGUUGUGGUUUUCCUUAUCUUUCUAGGUACAUUGCUUUAUUACAUAUUCCAAAUUUAACUUCUACAAUUGCUUCCUAGUUUAGUUGCUAGUUCAUUUUCAUUGAGAAGGAAGUCCGAUCUUUCUUGUCGUGCUGCUUGGUUCAAAGUUUAGGUCGUGCGGUGGUUGCUUGCUUGCUAAUUCAUAUGUUUGAAUGAACUUCGCUGACUCGGUCCUCAAAUGAAUGCCUCUUGGGACAAUCCUAAA